AUGGCUUCUGGUGCUCAGAUGAAGAUGGUUGCCGUCGGCAUGAUGCUGGCCGUCCUGUUCAUCGCUGCAGCUAAUGCAGAACCACCGCCUGCAGAAACUUGCAUCGACAAGACCGAAAAAGUUGGUCUUGUCACUGACUGCAUCUGCUCCAAGAACUGUGCUUGUGCAGGAAAGUGCAUCUUAGAAGGCGGCGAUGGUGGCGAAAUCCAGAAGUGCUUUGUCGAAUGCGUGCUGAAAAACGACUGUAACUGCAAUGCUAAGCACCACAGCGGCGCAGCCCCUCAGUAA